GAGGCUAGAGCGAAGCCAUGGAUCCUGUUGUCCCCCAGCUGUGGGCUGUCCUCUGUCUCUUGGUUCACCUUGCCUCUUGCAGUCCCAUCCUGAGCUUGGAGCACUCUUCCUUGGAGGAAGACGUGCCUCUUUUCGACGAGAUUCUCUCCGAGCAGGAUGGUGUUGAUUUCAACACGCUGCUUCAGAAUAUGAAAAACGAGUUUUUGAAGACGUUGAACCUCUCCGACAUUCCCCUGCACGAAACGGCCAAGGUGGACCCCCCAGAGUACAUGCUAGAGCUGUACAACAGGUUUGCCACCGACAGGACCUCUAUGCCAUCCGCAAAUAUUAUCAGGAGCUUCAAAAACGAAGACUUGGCUUCCCACCCUACUGGUGUUACAGGAGUUCGGAAAUACCCUCUUCUGUUCAACGUUUCCAUCCCUCACCAUGAAGAAAUCACCAUGGCAGAGCUGAGGCUCUACACCUUGGUGGAGCGGGACCAAAUGCUCUACGACGGGCUUGACCGCAAGGUCACGAUUUUUGAAGUGCUGGAAAAUAACCAUAUGGGGGUAGGAGAAGAGAGAAAGACAGUGGCACUGGCAUCCAGGCAGAUCUACGGGACGAGCAGCGAGUGGGAGAGCUUCGAGGUCACCGAAGCCAUCCGGCGUUGGCGAAGGGCAGGGCUGACCACGCACCGGCUGGAAGUUCAUAUAGAGAGCAAGGAAGGGGAGGAGCAGAAUGGAGAGGGGAAACUGGACAUCGACAUCAACUCUGAGGCCAAGCACGUGCCCCUGUUGAUUGUGUUCUCUGAUGACCAAAGCAACGACAAAAAGGAGGAGAAGCAAGAGCUCAACGAAAUGAUAGACCACGAGCAGCUCCUGGACCUGGAGAGCCUGGAGGUUGGCAAUUUCCACGGCCAUCCUGGUGAGGAGGCGCUGCUCCAGAUGCGCUCCAACAUCAUUUACGACUCUACUGCCCGAAUCCGGAGGAACGCAAAAGGCAACUACUGUAAAAAGACUCCACUCUACAUAGAUUUCAAGGAGAUUGGCUGGGAUUCCUGGAUCAUCGCCCCGGCGGGAUACGAAGCUUACGAGUGCCACGGAGUGUGCGCCUACCCCUUAACGGAGCACGUCACACCUACGAAACACGCCAUUGUCCAGACUUUGGUUCACCUGAAGAACCCCCAGAAAGCCUCCAAGGCCUGCUGCGUGCCCACCAAACUCGACCCCAUCUCUAUCCUCUAUUUAGAUGCAGGGGUGGUCACCUACAAGUUCAAAUACGAAGGCAUGGUGGUAUCAGAGUGUGGCUGCAGAUAGUAGCGGGGAAUGCAUGCAGGGGAGCGCACAGGGGAAGUAUUUAAUGAUUCUGUAAAUUUGUACAUUUCGGAUUUCCUAUUUAAUAAGGUAAUUUAAUGAGGCAUGUACAGAUAAUUGUAUGUUUCCUGUUACGGGGAAUGGGCAAGUCGUACGACCGUAGGGAA